AAACGAUUCCCUUCCCAUCGCUUGUUCCAUGUUUCUGCCAUCAAUACAUACACUCUAUACAAUCGUCAGGUAGCUUCAUUUCUCACUACUUUCAACAUGAAGAUUAUCACUACUCUACUCCGUAUAUCCAUCGCUUCUGCAAGCGUCAUCACGCGGCAAAACACCGCUCUCAGGAAGGGCACCCAAUCCAUCGUUCUGAAGGAAACAAACGGCGUUCCUGGAAAUGAAUGUAUUACCUUCCGGAAUAAUGGCGAGAUAGUAGACGCAGCUUGCGUAAACGCAGCUGCAGACCGACAAUUGAAUCCCUCCACGAUCUCUGGCGCCAACGUCCUCAAUGUGCAGCGCAGUUUUUCAAACGGCUUUCGGCCAGACCUCGUGAGCACAGAUGCAUGCGUAGGUUUCAACGGGACCACGUUCCUUGCACAGGAUUGCUCUGACCCUAACUUGGACCCGGUCAGUUUUGCAAAUGGACAAUUGGUCAGUGCUAGUGGUGCAUGCCAGAGUGGACAUGAUGAGAAGGCGCAAAUUACGGUUGAUCCGCAAGGGCAGAAUUGUGUGGAGCUUACGAGCACGAGAGUGGAGACUACGCCACCAGAGUAGAGAGAGGAAUGAUAAAAUGGAAGCUGGCACGGGGGGCUAUGAAGUGAUCUACAUCCAUUUAUGGCCGCUAGAACAUGAGCAACAAUAGCCUUAUUGCUCGUCUGGAGAGUAUUGCCCUGAAAGGGUCAAGCAAGAGUUGUCUUUCCUUGCUCUACACGAGGAAGGGUGCUCAACGUCCAGCCAGCGUCUCCUAAUCGAGGAUGCUGCAUUCUGAAUCAACUCUCAUUGUAGGGCCGCAACACGCCUUAAAAAUCCAGCUCGUCUGGUCUGGUCUCAUAUCCCAAAGUCUACACCCUUGUCACCUCAUCCAUAUGCGAUGAAUUUGGGUCCUAGCAACGUGCAUAUCCAGCAAUACCUCUAUAAAUGCUGUGGCUGGAAUCUGUUGUGUUACUGUAGC